AUGGCUUCUUCAUCAACAUCACACAAUUCCGACUGGAAGUCCUCCCUCACCGCCCCUCCCAAAGACUACCGCCCACAAACAGAAGAUGUCACCGCAACCCAAGGCGCUUCUUUCGACGAUUUCGACCUCCGCCGCGAACUCCUCAUGGGCAUCUAUACUGCCGGCUUCGAAAAGCCCUCUCCCAUCCAAGAACAAGCCAUCCCCAUGGCCCUCACCGGCCGCGACAUUCUCGCCCGUGCCAAGAACGGUACCGGCAAAACCGCCUCCUUCAUCAUCCCGACCCUAAACCGAAUCAAUACGAAUCUGCCGCAUAUCCAAGCGUUGAUCUUGGUACCGACGCGAGAGCUGGCGCUGCAGACGUCGCAGGUGUGCAAGACGCUGGGCGCGCACAUCCCGGGGUUGCAGGUGAUGAUCACCACGGGCGGUACCACCCUUCGGGACGAUAUCCUCCGUCUCCAGCAGCCUGUGCAUAUCCUCGUCGGCACCCCUGGGCGAAUCCUUGACCUAGGGAGUAAAGGGAUUGCGGGGUUGAACAAGUGUGGGAUGUUUGUGAUGGAUGAGGCGGACAAGCUUUUGAGUGAAGACUUUAUGCCGGUGAUUGAGCAGACGUUGGCGUUGUGUCCGCAGGAGAGGCAGGUGAUGUUGUUUAGUGCGACGUUCCCAUGGACGGUGAAGGAGUUUAAAGAUCAACAUGUGGUGCAGCCUUUCGAAGUCAACCUGAUGGACGAGCUUACGCUUAAGGGUGUUACACAAUAUUACGCAUACGUCGAAGAAUCUCAAAAAGUCCACUGUCUCAACACGCUCUUCUCCAAACUCCAAAUCAACCAAUCCAUCAUCUUUUGCAACUCCACCAACCGCGUCGAGCUCCUCGCCAAAAAAGUCACCGAGCUCGGCUACUCUUGCUUCUACUCUCACGCCAAAAUGCAACAAGCGCAUCGUAACCGCGUUUUCCAUGAUUUCCGCGGGGGCAUGACGCGAAACUUGGUCUGCUCGGAUUUGUUGACGAGGGGUAUUGAUAUCCAGGCGGUGAAUGUGGUGAUUAACUUUGAUUUCCCGAGGACGGCGGAGAGUUAUCUUCAUAGGAUUGGGCGAUCGGGUCGGUUUGGGCAUUUGGGUUUGGCUAUUUCGCUUUUGACUCUUGAAGACAGACACAACCUCUACCGUAUUGAAUCCGAACUCGGUACAGAGAUCGCCCCCAUCCCCGCCGUGAUCGACCCCGUCUUGUACGUUGCGCCGGCGAUGGUGGAGGAUGAACGGCCAUCACCGCCUCCUGUGCGUGCGGCUAUUGCUGCGCCUAGGCAGCAGCAGAGUCAGAGGAGGUCGCCGGCGCCGGCUCAGCAGCAACAAGCUGCUCCUCCUCAGCAGUACCAGCAAGCGCCUGAAGUGCAGUCGCCUCCUGUUCAAGCUCAGGCUCAAGGUCAACCGCCCGCUCAACCUCGGGCUUUCUCCAACCAAGCCCAGGGUCAACAAGGUCAGCAAGGCCAGAACAGACGGCCACAGAACCAGAGUGGAAAUUCGAACCCCAACUUGAGGGGACGAGGCCGAGGCGGUGGUGGCGGACGAGGAGGGAGGGGUGGACAGGGGCAGAGCCAGGGGGCUUCGCCUGCGCCUGCUCAGGCUUGA